CGCCACAACCGUAUCGCAUCGAGUGUUUGAAGGCUGGAAAAUAGAAACCACUUUGGGAGUAGAUUCAAUCGACUGAUAGGUUACAUAUACAAAAGAGAGUAUUCAAAUAUGGAUGAUACGACGACAGAAUCCAUCCGUUUCAUUCAGACUGAAUUGAUACCUGAGAUGGUGCAUAAUCGAUGCUUUUGCGAGCCAGGCUCACGUGAAUUUGUGGAGUUCGAAUCGGCAUCAGUGACGCCAUUGAUAACAUCUCAAGUGAAUGAAAAUCGUGAAUUAUACCGGGCUCGAGUGAUUAUCAGGUUCUCAGGUGACGCUAAACCCUUCAACGUCAUCAUAAAACUACUAACAAUCACCUGCCAGGAGGAUGGUUGUGCUUACGGAUGUUUUCUGAAUGAAGAAAUGUUCUAUAAUAAGAUGACAGGCAUGUACAAACUGGAUAUUUAUCCCAAAUGCUAUGCAGCUGACAUGGGUCGAUACGGUCGCCCAGUUAUUGUCCUAGAAGACCUGGAGGCUAUUGGAUAUCAUCAUGUUUCUAGCAAAUUAGAUGGGGAUCAUUUGAAACUGUUACUCGAGGCCAUUGCCAGGUUUCAUGCACGCAGUAUUGAUCUCAAACAUAAGGAGUUCUCCAUACUCCGAGAAUUCUAUGCUCAAUUGACACAGGUCGGAGAUGAUCGAGACAAUUAUUCAGCGAAAAUUGAUCGAGUACUGGAGAAUCUAACGACUAUCGAAUCAGAGUACGCUGAGAAAUUCAGAAAAGACCUCGUUGGUACCGAAAUAAGGCGUGACCCGAACGGGAGUCCAUUCUUCACAAUUUGUCACGGUAGUUUGAACCUGAAUCACUCAUUAUUUUCAUACGAAGGGGAGAAACCGAUAAGCGUCAAGAUUCUGGGUUGGAAUAGGAUGGCUUACACUUGUCCAACAGUUGACUUGGAAUCCAUCCUCCACGAAGCUCAGUUGGAAGGGAAUUGUAUCACCGAGAUUCGUAAAAAUUUUAAUGAGUACUUCAAUGCACUAUUUGGUGCAUCCACUGCAUUGGAAGAUGAAUCAUUACGCAAGUUUUUAUUGGCAUUUUUCUCACUCCUCGUCUUUCCCCCAAUCUCUGAAAGCAGAGACGAUGAGCGUGAGCUCAUAAAUUUUCUGAAUUCACAUAAAUAAUUCUCUCUCCUAAUUCCUAUAGCUAGACUGAAAAUUUCGCUAAAGUUUAUCGGAAGGAUACCUUUGCUGAAAACAAGAAAUGAAAUAAAUUGUUUCUUAUUACGAAGAUGAUGAUUCACUCAUAAUUAUACGUAAAGCAAUGAAGACAGCGUGAAUAAUUUGAUGGCAAAGUUAUGAUGGCAAUCACUUAUUCGUUAAAUUAUCAACUUUUCCAACUACAAAAAAUCGAGAAAUGUGGAAUGGAAAAGCAAAAUGGAUGGAGAGUGGAUAGUGAGGAUGAUUUGAACGUCCACCUGUGAAGGACCUUGGUCAGAAUCGUGUUGGGAAACUCGCAAACUAAUUUGCAUGGUAGAUGUGAACCUCCAGUCGGUGAGGGCGGUGAAAAUACAGUUUUCACCGUAGACCAUCCACUAUAUCGUGUGAUGAUUAUUGAGGAUUCUGCGGCUUAGGUGGGAUGGACACUAUCUAUCGUGUUAUAUGGUAAUUUAGUUUUUGAUGUGCUAACAUAUUGGUUGAUGUUAUCGAAAUUUUCCGUUGUAGUCACAGCGUAAAUUUUAACACGAAGAAAGUGGGGGAUUUGAUCAAACAAAAACAUCUGUAUCCUUCAUAAGUCUUGAGAGAUGAAUUAUCUUUAAUUGAGAUGGUUUUCGCUGCACGUGUUUCAUUUCCAACUGAAGGUCAAUUGCUACUUCAAUAAAUGCAGUCGUAUCCCCCCCCCCCUUAACUGAAACUCCCGCUCCGCACGUGAACUCUAUAUUCUAACCGUCUGUUACUCACCCGUCUCUCCCCUCGUUGGAAGAAUCGAGUGGAGAAUUCAGUUGAUACACUCGUGAUUCUACUGCGCAGGCCACUGCGCAUCUUACUGCGCAACCAAGUGUUGGUGUCUAACCGCAGUCAUUGUGUACAGACGCGAAAUCAUGGCUGAUAAAUAUUGUUGACCUAAUGAAUGUAAUAGUUGACAUUGGAUUGAGAUAAACAAUAUUCCCAUCAGCUGCAAAAGGUGAGGGAGCCACAUUCACUUAUUAUUUGAACACAUUGAAUUGGAACUGCUUUCAAUUCUUUCUUGUUUUCUGUCGUAUGCAGAUGUCGAGGAAGGAUUCAAAACGCUUGACGAUUGAGGAUCGUGCAAGAAUUAUUGAACGAUUGGAAAAUGGGGGAACAGUAUGUAAACUUGCUGAUGAGUACGGUGUGACACCGUCGGCCAUAUCACAAUUAAAGAAGAAUAGAGAAAAUAUCUUACUGCAAAAACAAAUUCUGGAACAAUGUGGAUCCAGCACGAAACGGAAGAGAUACACGGGCAUCGAGUCUACAGCAAGGGAGAAGUCUUUGUAUACGUGGAUGACCCAGAAACGUGAUGUUGGUGAUGCUAUCACAGGACCAACCUUGGUAAAGCAGGCGUUGGUCUUCAACCAGGCACUACAAGGGUCUUGUAGUUUCAAAGCAAGCGCUGGCUUUCUACACAAAUUCAAAAAACGAUAUUCUCUAAAUGCUACGACCAUGCAACGGGGAAAAUCUUCAGCUGGGUCUGUAACCAGGGACGAAUUCAGCCAAUGGUUUCCUGAAUUCUGUCGAGAGCACGGUUUUGGCUUAGACCAAGUGUAUCGGGCAGGUGAGACAGAAUUAUACUGGAAAAUGCUUCCUAAUUGCCCUUCGGUAAAGUCGACUGACUACCAAGCUUCAGAGAGGAGAGUACCGAAGGAUCGCGUCACCGUCAUGGUCUGUUCUAAUGUAAGUGGUACACAUAAGAUACCGUUGUUGGUCAUUGGGAAGUCUCAAAUGCCGCGACGCUUCGAAAGUAUUAGGUACUUAUCAGUGGAAUGCAGAAGGCAGAAAAGCGGAGGAAUCACGAAAGAUCUUACACUUGACUGGUACAAGACCAUUUUUCUUCCAGCUAUAAGAGAAAAGCAUGAGGGUCAGAAGAUCGUUUUAGUUUUAGAUAAUUCCCCCAUUUAUCCCAAGGUCGAGGAAUUUGAAGUUCUCAGUGGUGAUAUGUGUACAGUAAUCGUUCCCCUGCAAAAUCAACCAAUUCAAGCGAUGGAUCGGGGGGUCAUCGGAAAAAUGAAGAAAGUUUAUAAGAGAAAUCUGCUUCGUAUUGCGUUGACAUCUGACACUGAUCAUGGUGCACCGGACGCAAUCGAGAUGAUUAGCAUGUUCGAUGUGUGCCAUUCACUCGCUCAUUCCUGGGAUCAAGUGACUCAAAGAGAUAUCAGAUAUGGCUGGGGGCGGGAAUUUCCUCCGAGUGAGGAACAUUCAGAGUCAGUCGAUUCUGAUGAGUUGUCAGGACGUCAUAUUCUGAAUUUAGUGCGGGCUCUUCCAGGCUGCAGUGAAGCCACAGAUGAAGACAUCGAAGAGUGGCUAAACAGUGAUGCGCGAGAUCCAGAAUGGGAAAUGGUACCACCACAUGAAGAUGUCAAGGAGGAGAAGUGUGAUGAAGAGAGGGAAGUGUCAGAGGACGAAGGAGUGUUUGGUGAAUGUGAAGCUCUGAAAGCCCUGAAUUACGUGAUGGGAUGGUAUCGAACUACGCAGGAAUGUACUCCAAUAGGAAUGGGGGUUCUUGGAGGCAUGAAGGAACAAUUGA